AUGCCUCGCCCCUAUUGGGUUGGAUGCGUGUUCAUGUGUUGCGUUGUUGCCGUGUUGCCGUGCCGUGUUCCCUUGAGCAGUGCAGCAGGAGGAGUGGGAGUGGGCAGCACAGAGUCGCUUUCAGCUUAUGAGAAUCAGUUUACCACUGACAGGACUCUUGCUGCUGCCGGGCUGAUUCGUUUGGAGCGCAUGCUUAAGACGAGGAUAGCUACAGUGGAGGCGAUGCUGAAGAGCUUACAGCAUGAGAGGGAGGGAAUGGGAGAAGGGAGGGAGGUAUCUGAGGAAAGGGAGGAGGGAGAAGGAGAGAGGGAGGGGAGAGGUGGGAAGGAGGAUGAGGAGGAUGAUUUGCCAUCGUGGGUGGAUACUGCUGGCGCUGCCGCUGCUGCCGGUGCUGCUAGUGGAAGCAGGGCCAGCAGCGUGGGGGGAAGUGAAGCAGGGAGAGAGUUGGUGGUGGAAGGGGACGAGUGGGAUGAAUCAAGAGCAAAGGUUGAGGGAGGCAAGGCGGCUGAGAGUGGACAGGUGCCCACCACUACCCAACUCAACCCCUCCCACAACAUCCCCUCCUUCCCUCCUCGCUCACCCACCACUACCCUCCCUCCCCAGCUCUCCCUCCUCCUCUCCCACCUCACUCCCUUACACCUCCCCCCAGUCUGUCGCACCGACCCGACAACUCACUCCCUCUCCCCCAUCUCGGCCUCUCUCUUCCCCCCUCCCCCCCGCCUCAUCCCCUGGAACCCCCACCCCCACCGCUACCUGCUGGCCACGUGCACGCACGGCCGCACCUCCAACCACCUGCUCUGUAUUCGUAGGUACCUCGCCUUUGCAGCUCUGCUAAACCGCUCUCUCCUGCUGCCAGUAGUGCACCCCGCCUCUGGUGGUGGUGCUUCUCGGGAUGAAGGGGCAUGCACCUCUCCACACUCACUCCCCGACGCAUCAGUCAGCGGCUUACCCCUCUCAAGAGUGCAGAGCUACACGCGCAGGCAGCUUGUGGGCAGAGAGAGAAGGUCUGGGUCGACUCAGAUCAGUGGUAACCCUGCUGCCAAUAUACCUGAUAGGAGGGCACUUGGAGCAUCAGGUGUGGCAUCAGGUGUAGCAAAACCGUCAGGUGUACUAUCAGGUGUUUUAUCAGGUGCGCCGCCAGAGUGGAUGGACCUGGGAGUGGCUUUAGACGUGGCAGGCCUGCAGCAGUGUGUGGGGCAGGGGAGGGUGGUCACUGUGGACGAAUACCUCAGAGGCGAGGGGGUUGGGAGCGGUGGAGAGGGGUGGAUGGGGAGGUUGGGGGGACUGUGGAAUCAAAAAGGGGGGAGGAGGAGGGAGGUUGAGGUGAAGAUGUGGUGGUGGUGGCAUGGCGGCGAAUCCGUGCGCGCCACGUGUCAGCGGUUCAUUCGCGAGGCACCGUGGGCAAAGCUGCUACCCCAUAAUGAUGAUGAUGGUGUUGAUGUGGGUGCCGAUGGUGCUACAGCCAGUGACAGCAACAGUGCUACUGGUGGUGCCAGUGGUAGUGGUGGUAACAUGAACAAUGGUGACACUAACGGUGCUGCUGCUGCUGCUGCUAGUGAAGCCAAUAGAAACAACCCAGCACAUCUCGCCCGAAUCUAUGUCGCAGCCCCCAUACCUGCCGCCUCUGUGUCCCUCCACCAGUUCCUCUUCUUCUUUGGCCAGCGCACAGAGCAAGUCAUUGGGCUGGGAGACGUCUUUGAGGUCACAGGGAAGGUGGAUGUGGGGCAGGUGGAUGUGGGGCAGGUGCAUGUGGGGCAGGUGCAUGUGGGGCAGGUGGAUGUGGGGCAGGUGGAUGUGGGGCAGGUGGAUGUGGGGGACACUCCAGGCUCUCCAGGCACUCGAGACACUCAGGCACAGUUGCUAGCGGAUAAGCUGCUGGAAGGACACGCCAGUUCAGACGGCCUGCCUGGUCUCUACGACGGUGUCAACGGUGCCGUCCCCAUCCUGCCGCCCUGCCGCCUCGCCAUGCGUCCGCACCCCGCCGCCCUCUCCGCCGCCCACGCGUUCGCGCGGCGUGUGCUCGGCACACGCUUCGCCGCCCUGCACCUGCGGCGGACGGAUUUCGCGACGCACUGCUUGAGGCCGGGCUUCCGGUGCUGGUUACCGCUGUCUCAGAUCGCCCGAUGCGUGGCUGAUCGGAUCAACGCCCUCGAUGCUGCUGCUGCUGCUGCUGCUAGAGAGGAAGAGGGUGUAGGGCCAGGUGGGACGGAGCAGCAGCAGCACACACGUGUGGGGACAUUGUUCGUCGCCACAGACACAACCGACCAGGUGAGUGAGAGUGUCGCACUGCUUGAGGCCGGCGUUCCGUGCUGGUUACCGCUGUCUCAGGUCGCCCGAUGCGUGGCUGAUCGGAUCAACGCCCUCGAUGCUGCUGCUGCUGCUGCUGCUAGAGAGGAAGAGGGUGUAGGGCCAGGUGGGACGGAGCAGCAGCAGCACACACGUGUGGGGACAUUGUUCGUCGCCACAGACACAACCGACCAGGUGAGUGAGAGUGUCGCACUGCUUGAGGCCGGCGUUCCGUGCUGGUUACCGCUGUCUCAGGUCGCCCGAUGCGUGGCUGAUAGGAUCAACGCCCUCAAUGCUGCUGCUGGUGCUGGAGGGAAGGAGGGGGAACUCCGCUGGUUCUCCCAGAUGCUUAAGUCCUUAGUGUGGGGAGAGCUAUCCAUUAUCCAGUACCCUCGCUCCAAGUCAGCGGCGCCAGGAGCAGCAGAGCUGCAGGCAGCGGGGAUCAUCAGCCACAGCAGCACGAGGAGCACUGUGGAGAAGAUGGUGUGUGUGCAUGCGCUCGUGUUCUGGGGCACCCCGCGGUCGACAUUCAGCAAGGAUGUGAUGCGCAUGAGGGGGGCGCUGGGGGUGGCGCACUGUGGGGAUGACUGGGUGUGUGGGGGGGAAGAGACGGAGGAUGCGGGGGUGAGGGAAAUCAGCAAGAGGAUGAAUGGAUGA